GCGACCGGAAGAGGUCGAUGUGAUGAGGACCAUUUGAGGCAAACCUGAAACAGAAAAGAGAAAUUCACGAUUCUGAAAUUCUAUAAGCAACAGAAACCAUAAGACAAACGACGCCAGGAGAUAUUCAUUUGUCUUCAACUUUGUAUUUAGGGGAAGAAAAGAGAUACACGGAGCCAUUGGUUGUGGAUGUCACGCUAGAAAAUCAGGCAGUUUUGAGAGGCUGGAGCCCAAACAAGGACAUGGAGAGUUACGAGGACUUCUGUCUGCGGAGCCUGGCCAGACUGCAGACGGAGAGCCAGGGGAAGAGCCAAGGCCAACAGACAGGUUGUGAGCCAACUGGUCCUGUGGAAGCUCUCUCCUUCAUCCACUUCCAUGGAAGGGCUGUGCUCUCCCCCUUGCUGAGUGUGGAGCAGCGCAGCGAGAUGUCCCAGUACAGACAGAGGGCUGCCCAGCUGGAGGUGGACAGACAGGCACUACGCAGCAGCAGCCUGCUGGCCAGGGUUCAGGACAUCCUGGACAGUGCUCAGGUGGACAAAGUACCAGAGAUGGAGGGUAAAAUGGAUCUACCAACUCUGCCAUAUUGCCUUUCCCCAAAACCUGAGACAGUGAUUGGCUACACCCUGGUGACAGACUCCCCUGGGCUACCCAGGGGCGGUGGUGUGGUUGGGCUACACAUUACGGAUCGGCCCACCACCCCUCCACCUGAGUCCCCCAUAGUCCUGAAUGGGUACAGGGAAGAGGAGAGAGAGAAGCAGGUAGAGGAGGAGAGGUGGGAGGUAGAGGAGGAGAUGAGGAGGGGAGAGGAGGAGAUAGGGGGCGGUCAGGAUGUGAGUUUCCAGAGCCUUCUGAGGAGGUCGAGGGAGUAUGUGGAGAGAGAGCAGGCCCAGAGGGGGUCAAAGGUCAUCGGCAGGGUCACUUCCACCACCCCGUCUGCGGAGAGCCUCUCUGACAAGGAGAACGAGAGCCGCAGUCCUCUGGGAGAGAUGAAACCUGAACAGGGGUACAGCCUGCGCCACAGUCCGCUAAAUCCACCUCAGACCCAGGCCCACAUCCAGCACCAGAGUCAGUAUCCUGCCCAAGCGCAAGCCCAGUACCAGGCUGUGUGUGACCCGUAUGACUCUCGGGUUAGCUGCCUCUCAUCUGGCCUCCCCGACCCUUACACCCUCCUGCCCAGCCCUGAACCCAGCAUGAGUCCCCGCCCCCACCACCGCCGACCACGUCCAGUGUCCACUGGUAACAUCCUGAUCUCCUUCCCCAUUGGCUCGGCCGACCUCAUCCCCAGAGGGCUAGUGGGGAGGCACCAGGAGAGCACUGUUGUCAUGGCGACAGGGGUGAUGAGGUCACCGGAACGGGGGUCAGGCGUCAGUGACGGUAGUAGUUGUCGUGGCAGCCAGUGUGGCACCAGCCCGGUCCAGGAGAAGAGCUGCAGCCCAGUCAGUACCUCCGGAACUGGUUCACAUGGGCAUCAUGACAUCAUCAGCUCCGGGUUUCGCCGGCGCUGCCACACCCUAGACAGCCAGCUCCACUCCUCCCAUUCUGCCUCAGGACCUGGCAUGGACCACAGCCAGGAGAGGCUCCCGCGCUUCAUGGGGGGAGUGCCUCGUUUGGCCCCAAGCCGUAGGAGCCCCGCGGUCCCCCUGAAUCAGUCCUAUGAGGUGGAGAACCCCUCGGCAAUGCUGCUAAGGCCCCACGUGAGACCCUUGACCCCUGACCUCUCUCCUUGCCAGAUGAGGCUGGAUCCUGAGGGGCCUCAGGGGCCCCAUGAUGGACGGAUCACACCCAGCUCUUCCUUAGAGGAGCAGGACAGUAAGACAGAGGAGACCCAGCGACGUGUGAGUGCUCUGGAGGAGAUGCAGAGGCGUCUGGAGGAGGAGCAUGCCCUGCAGAUGUCUCUUCUCAUGGCUGAACAGAAGAGAGAACAACAGCGCCUUUGUCAGGAGCUGGAUGAGAAGGGGAAGAGGCUGAGAGAGCAGGGGUGUGGCCGGCUCCUGAAUGGGGAUGGUGGACUCAGCCCUUCCUGUCCUGGCCUUAGCCCCACCCUGAGUGCUACUGAUAGGUCACCUAGACACAGUGUACACAGCAUGGGUUUCUCCUCUCCACUGAGCUCUAGUGCUCCCUCUCCCUCCAUGCAGCCUCCUGUCUACCUGUGGGGGCCCACCUGGGGGGCCAGCAAGCCCCGAGGAAGGCUCAGUCAGGUUGUGACAGUUGAACAGCAGAGGGCGCUGUGUCGUCUGGGAGCCAUCAGUUGUGGGUUCCUCACCCGCAGACUGCUCCAGACAGAGAAGGUGAAACAGCUGCGACAGACCAUUCAGGACACACAAGAGUUCAUCUGCUCGUUCCAGACUGAAGCUCCACAGAAGAGAGGAUCCAUCUCAGCACAGGACCUGUCUCUGCAGGAGAGAGUCAGGGCACAGUUGCGUGCGGCUCGAUAUGACAUCCAUGACAUCUUCUUUGAGAUGCCCCUGGAGGAGAGGCUGGCUCUGCUGCAGCUGGACAGAGAGGUCCGCACAGAGAAGAAGCUACGAGAAAUGGAGAAAGCCAGGAGUCCUAAUGACAGAGUGCUGUCUGCUGCCACACAGAGGUCACUGGACAGGAAGAAGAGGGUGGGUGAGUCUCCAGGACAAGCCAGGAAAGUACAGAAGAAGCCAAAGAGCCCUCCCACUAACAGGAUCCUGAAGACAAGUCAGGGUCAGAAUGCCUCUGUCCCAGGUCAGCUAAACCGACAGGGUCUGUCUGUCAGGAGCUGGUACAGAAAUACCCCGGAGGACAGAGUGAGGCGCUCAGACAGCCUGAAGAAGCAUAACUCCCUGGGCUAACUGAUUCCUCCCUCAGUCCCUCUAUGACCCCUCACUCCCUGACCCUUGACCUCUGAGCCUUCUAUCGGCCCCAUGUUCCACUAUGGUUCGACCACCACCAAUGCUACUAGUCUCUCUAACCUCCCUCUGACCUCCCUCUAACCUCCCUCUGCCCUCCCUCUAACCUCCCUCUGAAGGUUCAGUCCAGUGCUCUCUGCCCAGCGAACACCCUACCAAAUGUAUUGUUACUAUAGUUACAUAGAUUUUCUACUAUUACAAACUUAUAAACAGUUCAUGUAUCCCUUAGGUGUGAAUGCUGCUGUGCACUCUUGUGCCAAGAUAAUUCAUGCAUUAAUGCUGCUAGAUAGGUAUAUUUGCUGCUUAACUUGCAAAGACUUUGUAGCUAGAGGCCUUCAGUAGUGGAUAUGUAGUAGGGAGAAGGACUCAUAAAGAAGCAUUAGUUAGAGGCCUUCAGUAGUGGAUAUGUAGUAGGGAGAAGGACUCAUAAAGAAGCAUUAGUUAGAGGCCUUCAGUAGUGGAUAUGUAGUAGGGAGAAGGACUCAUAAAGAAGCAUUAGUUAGAGGCCUUCAGUAGUGGAUAUGUAGUAGGGAGAAGGACUCAUAAAGAAGCAUUAGUUAGAGGCCUUCAGUAGUGGAUAUGUAGUAGGGAGAAGGACUCAUAAAGAAGCAUUACAAAAGUAAAGGAAGUAGAUUCCAUUAGUUAGAGGCCUUCUGUAGUGGAUAUGUAGUAGGGAGAAGGACUCAUAAAGAAGUAUUACAAAAGUAAAGGAAGUAGAUUCCAUUAGUUAGAGGCCUUCUGUAGUGGAUAUGUAGUAGGGAGAAGGACUCAUAAAGAAGCAUUACAAAAGUAAAGGAAGUAGAUUCCAUUAGUUAGAGGCCUUCAGUAGUGGAUAUGUAGUAGGGAGAAGGACUCAUAAAGAAGCAUUACAAAAGUAAAGGAAGUAGAUUCCAUUAGUUAGAGGCCUUCAGUAGUGGAUAUGUAGUAGGGAGAAGGACUCAUAAAGAAGCAUUACAAAAGUAAAGGAAGUAGAUUCCAUUAGUUA